AUGAUGAGGGUGUCCUUCCUUUUUGUUCUGGCCGCCUGUUUCUUCCCUUUCCUGCUUGCGCUUGUUAUCCAUGUUCCUCAAAAUGAACGUCCCGGAUAUGGCGCCCUCCUUUCAAGGGAAACAGAAACAAAUACUACCGAAUCCUCCGAAUCCUCACAUGAUGAUACAACGCCUACCAAUGCGACCAGCUCUGCAACUCCAAGGAACUCGACGUCAACGUCGGCAUCGCCUAGCUCUGUACCGCUGCUGAACACGUCGACAGAUGAAAUUGAUGAGGAAGAGGGGAGACAAAAUGCAACUUCACCAGGAACUUUGCCCAUUCAACCGAAGGUGACGCCUGCUCUCGGCGUAGGCGGCUUUAUCCUGCUCAUGACUGGUGCGGUCCUCGCACUAAUAGGAGUCCGCAACCUAUGGGUUCAAGUUUUUCUGUCCUCAGCCUUCCUGACAAGCUUAGGAGUAACGGUGCUUAUUGUCUAUGUCAUGAGUCCUCCCGUUCGGAGCGCAAUACAAGGAGCGUAUCUCGUGGCAAUUUUCUUUACUGGACUCACCUUUGGUGCACUUGGGAUCGUGUUCAAGGAAUUAGCCGAAGGCCUCGGGUGUCUUCUUGGAGGUUUCUGCACGAGUAUGUGGCUCCUAUCCACAAAAUCGGGCGGCCUUCUCACGGCAACGGAUGCCAAAACUGGAUUCACUGGGGCGAUUUCUGUGGGAUUCUAUGCCAUUUCGUUCAGCCACUACACACGGCCCUAUGGCUUGAUCGUCUCAACAUCAAUUGCUGGAGGUACUGCCGUAUCUCUGGGGAUUGACUGCUACAGCAAAGCAGGAUUGAAGGAGUUCUGGCUUUACCUUUGGGGUGAGUCUAUUUUCAUGCUCGAGUAA